AUGGCUUUUCCAAACUCCUAUCCAUCUCUAAACCCGGUAGACAUCUAUCGGGAGCAUAUUGCCACUAGUCUGGCGCCAAUCUUUGGAGUAGAGCCGUCUGCAGUAUUUUCCAAGCUACAAUGGACCCAGACACAAGACAAAGGAGAUCUACUGCUACCUGUGCCAGCCCUACAGAUCAAAGGCAAAAAGCCCCAGCAACUAGCUGCUGAAGCUGGAGAGAAAUUUCCCGAGUCAGAUUUGGUGGAAAAGCCAGUGGUGGCAGGCACUUUCCUACAGUUUUUCUUCAAGCCAGAGCCGCUUAUAAAGACUGUGCUUGACUCGAUCUUGAAGAACAAAAAGGGGUACGGCACCAAUUCCAACCUAGGACUACGAGACCCAUCGGAUCCAUCAAAGGGGAGGAAGAAGAUCAUCGUUGAAUUUUCGUCGCCGAAUAUUGCCAAGCCCUUUCAUGCUGGCCAUCUUCGGAGUACUAUCAUAGGAGGGUUCAUAGCGAAGCUCUAUGCCGCAAUUGGAUGGGAUGUAUGGAAGAUGAAUUACCUUGGAGACUGGGGGAAGCAAUACGGCCUUCUUGCAAAUGGCUAUAAGAAGUAUGGUAGCGAAGAAGAAUUAACGCGAGACCCCAUCAACCAUCUAUUUGACGUGUACGUCAAAAUCAAUAAAGACAGUGCCGUGCAGGAUGCUCCGAUCAAAGAGCUCAAGGAGAAAAUCAAACUAAACAAGGAGAAGGAAGAAAGUGUCAUCGAGCUGGAGAAAGAAUUGGCAGGUCUAAUCGAGGAGAGUGAGGACGAGAAGGCGAGGAAGUAUUUCAAGAGCAUGGAAGACGGUGACAGAGAUGCGCUUGCGCUUUGGGAAAAGUUCCGAGAUCUGAGUAUCUCAAAGUACAAGCAGACCUAUGCUAGACUCAAUAUCGAAUUCGAUGAGUACGCAGGAGAAUCCAAAGUCGCCCCAGAAGCUAUUGCCACUGUUUCAAAGGAGCUUGCCGAAACCGGGGUUUCGGAAGAGUCAGAAGGUGCUGUCAUUGUCGACUUUGAGAAGCACGGAGCGAAAAAGCUUGGGAAGGCCAUCUUCCAGAGGAAAGAUGGGACGCCGCUGUAUUUGACCAGGGACAUUGCCGAAAUCCGGGCGAGGUAUGAUAAAUAUCACUUCGAUAAGAUGAUCUAUGUUGUUGCAGCACAGCAGGAUCUUCACCUUGCACAAUUUUUCAAGGUGACCGAGCUAAGCGGGCAUAGCGAGAUUGCAGAAAAGUGUCAACAUAUCAAUUUCGGUAUGGUUCGAGGAAUGAGCACGAGAAAGGGAACUGUAAAAUUCCUGGACGAUAUUCUUCGGGAUGUAGCAGAUAAAAUGCAUGAUGUGAUGAGGAAGAACGAGACGAAGUACGAACAGAUCGAGCACCCCGAACAAGUAGCAGAUACUCUUGGCAUCACCGCGGUCAUGGUGCAAGAUAUGUCUGGCAAGAGAAUAAACGGAUACGACUUUAACCUGGAAGCAAUGACGUCGUUCGAAGGAGAUACUGGCCCGUACCUCCAGUACGCCCACGCACGGCUGAGCUCGAUCGAGAGGAAAUCCGAUGUUGAUCUGACAAAACUCUUGUCGGCGAAGUACUCGCUGCUGAAAGAACAGCAUGCCAUUGAUCUUGUCAGACUCUUGGCGCAAUGGCCGGAUGUCGUCCAGAACACCGUCAAGACCCUGGAACCUGCCACAGUGUUGACCUACCUUUUCAAGAUGACGCAUGCGCUGAGCUCGAGCUACGAUAUCCUCAAAGUGAUUGGUAGCGAACCGGAGCUCAAGGAGGCGAGGAUGGCUUUGUAUGAGGCGGCCAGACAAGUAUUACACAAUGGGAUGUCGUUAUUAGGUCUGAACCCUGUGGAGAGGUAA